AUGUUCGGGAACCUGAGUAGUAUUGGCAACUUCCCCUCGCACUACACUGACGAGGGGUUGCCAUUUGAAAAUCGCAGAAGCACGAUUGUGGCCGUGAUUGUCACGUUUUUGGUCCUAGCCUGGCUUUGCGUUGGUCUGCGAGUCUACACGAGAGUGCUUGUUACACGGACACCCGGAUGGGACGACUUUGUGGUCGUGAUUGCGCUGCUUGCAGGCUCAACCAGCGCAAUUGGACUUUGUUUAACUACUAACUACGGCAUGGGUCAUAAACUGAAGGAGGUACCCGACAGUGAUAGAGAAAAGUUCUUUUUGCUAUUUUACAUCUCUAACGCGUCAUUUUCCAUGUCAAACGCCCUUACAAAACUUUCAAUGCUUCUCCAAUACCUAAGGAUAUUCCAAGGCCGCAUGCCACGCCUUAAAAUUAUAUCCGUGGGCUUGAUCGUUGUUGUAUUAGUGUGGGGCUUUGGCUUUACUCUCAUGGCCUGGUUUCCCUGCUUUCCACCAUACCAGUUCUAUACACUGGGGUCAGAAUCAAACUGCUACGGAUAUGGUUCUACUAAUCCAAUGGAGGUUUAUUCUACUGUCGUGGCAUCUAAUGGAUCGAACAUGGCACUGGACUUUUUGAUCCUUAUUCUACCUAUAUCCCUACUCUUCAGCCAGGAGACCAUCCACCGAACAAAGAUUGGGCUGCUUAUCUUGUUUUGCAUUGGAAUACUAGUUAAUGUGAUCGCUGUGUGGCGCAUUGUUGCCAACAAGGCAACAUCGGACAACGAGCCCGAUCCAAUGAGGAUCUUCCCAACUAUAAUACUCUUGGGAGAGACAGAAAACCGACUAUCCCUAGCCCUGGCAUCGAUUCCAAUAUUCUGGCCGGUGGUCUCAAGAACGUGGCAAAAUCUUGUUAUUGUUGUUACACACGAGGUUAGAAUCGAGAGCAAUCAGCGGCCUCCGAAUGUAGGGGAAAUAGAGACAACGAGCCUAGGAAAUUGCCACCACCGCGUGAUUACUGAGGAUGAGGCAAACGAGGCUGGAUUGCGACACCCGGGGAGACUGUGCGACGUGGACGGGUACGAAAUGGGGCUGAUAAGUCCCUUUGCUGAGCCUCAAAGUUUCAAGCAAACAAAACCAGAGAAAUAUCUACGUGAUAUCUCUGAUUUAGAAAGACGUAAUUUAGGCUUUGUAACAGUUCCAGACAUAUCUGAAUAA